UCCUUGCACAGUGCUGUGGACUGGCUGAAGGUGUUUGGGAGCAUCCUUCUGGAGUGGUGCCUGCAUGGGGCGGAGCUGAAGCUCUCACCCCGCUGGGUCCGUGCAGGAGCAGGUCAAGUUCUUUGCUGCUUUGCUUGCUUAUCCUCCAUUCCCAGCCCUGUGCCCAUGUGAGAGCUUUCUGCAGCCUUGCAGCUGCAAGAGAGGAGCAGGCAGUGGCAGCCCCAGCCGUAGCAGCAGCAGGGCAGUCUCAGCUCUCCUGCUCUGCCAUUUCUGGCUGCUUCACAAGAAACUCACUUAUCACAUCUGAAGGUGUUGCCCAGAUGGGUACACAGCCCAAAGGACUGACCCUGUGUUUAGUCCUUCAGCAGGGCCCAGCUGUUCUUUAGAGUACAUCUUGGGAGCAGUCUUGUUUUCCAGACUUCCUUUGAACUUGUUGAAGCUGUCUGAUGCCAUUUCUGCUGGCUUUUAGGUGGGUUCCCAGCUGGGGUGGAUCUGGCACGGUGUGUGGGGUGGUCAGAGCACAAAUGGGGCAGCAUCCCGCACCCAGAAUGUUUGUUGCAUGGCAGAACUGAGCUUUCUUGGGGCAAAAGCUGCUGGCCAUGGCUUUUGCUACGCACUCUGUAUGUGGGGUUGCUGGGGAGUGAGUGCUGUGUACCAAGCUCACAUCCUGCCUAUGCUGUGGGUGAUGGUCACGUGCAGGCGAGGCCUUAGUCCUGUGCUUGGCUGCUUCUUUAAAGAUGUAUUUUUAGGUGCUUUCUGGCUUCCUCUUCCUCCUGCACGGCGCUGAGCUCCUUUCUAACUCCCUCUUCUAGGAUUGCUUUUUGAGCAAUCAGUUCCUCCUUAAACCUGUUUUUGCAGGCCUUUGUCUGUGCUUGGGAGCUGUCCCAGUUUAGCAUUAGCAGCUGCUGGCUUUUUCUGGGUAAGCAAGAACAAAUAAAGGUUUAGAGUGAAUGAAUCAUUUGAGCCUUAUCUGUCUCAAAGCUGGGACAGCUGUGUGACUGCUGCAGGAGCCUGCCUGCGGGGCACAGAGGCUCCUGGUUGAGGCACUUCUCCUCCAGUGGUCAAUGCUUAAUGGGGUUGUGCUGCUGAUCUGUGCCAUGGUGAAUUCUGCUGUGUUCCUUUUUGAGCUUUUAUCCCACGCUUGGUUAUGAAGCACAGCUCCAGAUUGACUCCCUUUCCUUCAAGGUUUUGUUAUGGGCUCCUAAAUAAACUCGGCUUGUAGGAUGCUUGAAGUGGUUUAACCUGUGGGAAAAGGGUCAGUGGCUGCAGAGCACGGUGGUGGGACCCACGUAGGGGAUGCAGUUGGACAGACAGAUGUGGCAUCAGUCACAGGGUGCUGUGGGGACUGCUGGUGAUCCUGGGGCUCUCUGCUGAAGCUGAGGGACGCAGCCAAGCAUCGGCACUGCAGGAACCGGCGUGACUUUGCUGGUUUAAGAGGCAGGAUUUGUAGAUUAAGUAGCGUUGGUUUGAUAACAGAAAUGUGGGAGUAGGGAGGGAGCAGCAGAUAAGCCUUGGGCUCGUGCCUGAGAAGUUUUGCUCUGGCCCUAAGGUGGGGACUUACAGUGGAGUUGGUGUUUUGCUGAGAUGGAGGGGACGGUGCCCUCUCCCCUUCCCCUCCUGCUGCUGUCUCUCUCUUCUGGCAGCCCAGAUUAGGCUCAGUUCACCUUCUGCCCUGCCUUAACUGUCACACAGGGCUUGCUUACAGCACCAGAGCUGUUGAGGAGAGGGUGGGAUGAGCCAGCAGGCUCAGAUAUGUGACCGCAUGGUGCAAACUCCCCUGAGCAAAUCUUCACUGAACACACGCUGCAGAGCCUGCAGCCUCCCCGCAGAUGCUGCAGGGUUUUGCUCUGCAAUGGAACAAAACGUUUCCCUUCUGCAAUGCUGGGAACGUGAGCUGCCCUCUGCUUUGUGGCAGCAGUGGCAAACCUUGCUGUCGACGUGGCAGGAAGAAUUAAGGAAUUGCAAUCAGGGCACAAGUGCCAAAAGGCCUGCUAGCACACUGACUCUCCAUAGGAAGACUGUAGGCUGCACAGAGCUUUGCUUGGAGCCCCAGCAGAGUGUGUUCAGGGCUGUGGGCUUCUCCUGCAGUGCUGGUGAUUCCUUGGGCCUCCCAGAGCUGGGCAGUGAUGGCUGUGCUCAUGGGAGGAAGCUUUUCUCCAUAGUGCAGGGAAAGCAAACAGGGUUUGUACAAUCCUUACAGAGCUGGGCUGGAACCUGCUUUUCUAGUAUGACAGACCAGGUCUCAGUUGUUCUGCCUCCUUAAAGCAAGUGUGCACUCAGAGAGGGUUUGGCUUUUCUGCCUAUAACUAAUUUUUUAGCCAUUAGGUAGAUUGGGGUAGAAGUCCCUGCUGGAUUUGUUGUUGUGAAGCUGUUGGAUGUUUGUGUUGUGCGAGUCUGUGCCCAACUGCAUGCUGGAUGUGACUCCUUCCUCGUCAGCUGGAUGCUUCUGGAUUAAAUCAGGGUUCACCUGGAAUAAAUCACAAGCAGUCUCUCUUCUUCCAUCUCCAGGGCUCUGCCGUCACAAACAGCUGCUCACUGCAGUAGGUGAGUGGAGGCAGAGCAUCCUGCCAAGCCUUCGUGUCCACAAAUGACUAAAUCCUGCCUGAAAAGUCCAAGUAUAAAAACAUUACUUCUCAUUUCUGGCUUGGCCAUGUGGAUUGCUGGGAUGGAGCCAGCCUGGUUGCUUGGCCAAAGAGCAGAGCAGACCCUCGGGUUGGGGGACGAGGAGAUGGGGGUGGGAGCUGCUGCAGGGCUUGGAGCAGAGUUUGCAGCAUGCAACCAGCUCACGGUGCUCUCUGAUGCUGCUGUGCCCGCUGGCAGAGUGUGCUGGCAGCCUGCAAGCCCUCGCAGUUCAUAAAUAACUGUGGGGGCUGGAGAGCUGGGCCAGUGUCUGGGAGAGGAGCUGUCGUGCCAGCCUCUUUGCAAAUGCAGCACCUUAACUGUGUUUGGGCGGUGAAGCUCCUCCUUGCUGCUUGCACGGUGCCUGAAUUUGCUUGUUAGUUUGGGUGGUGGUGGUGGUGCUGUCCUCAUCACAGCCUGGCUGCCUGAUUCUGCUCAGGUUUGUAUGGCUGUAAGAUGGAAGACUCGAUGCUAAGUGUUCAGGGCACGCUGCUCUGGGAAGGGAGAGCUCUGAGCAGCUCAGGGCGAAGACUUUGUGCUUUUUAAUAUCCGUUUAACAUACGGUGAGUGGAGCAGAAAAGGGGAUGGAGAGCAAUCUGCUCACAGCCCGGUCCAGCGAGGUGUCCUGGGAGCACAGAUCUUCCUGUCCCACCUCUGCAGUGCAGGCAGCUGCAAAUGCAGGUGCCUACAAACUCAGCAGUUCUUCAUUGCUGGAAGCCCCUGACCUGCUGCUGCUUCCUGCCCUCUCAUCUCCUGCUCCCUGAUGGUGUGGGCUUGCUGUUGGUGGAACUUGGCUUUGAUGGUUGCAUCUGGUUGGUCUGGCUCAAGCAGAGCAGCAGCAAGCAGUGCGAUGCUGCAGGGCCUGGUGCCUCUCAGUGUCCAUCCUCUGCUCCCCAAAGGGACAACCUUUGUCCUUGCUCUGAGAAAUGCUGCUUGCGGGGUCUGACUGCAGCGUAUGGAUGGAGAUAAUGGUAGGGCUUAAGGCAAAAAAUUAAGAGAAUUUCCUGCUGCUGGUGAUGGAGGCUGGAUAACAGUGAUUAGGAGCUCCAGCUCCCGUCUACAGCCUCCCAGGGUGAGUUGCUCUGCUUUCCAGCCCUGUGCCCAGCGCCUGGCUAGAUCCAUGUGGGAUUUGUGCAUCAGCAUCUGCAGUUCUUGGGCUAUCUGAUGGUUUGCAGGUACGUGGAGCUGCCGAGGUGCUGCAUCCCUCUGUGUCAGGAUGGAGCCUGGCAGCCCAGACACCCCCCCCCGACGUGGCCAGGCGCAGUGGUGAGACGCUGGUAUGCGAGAUGUAAACUCAAUACCAAAGUUUAGAUUACAGCCCUGUGAAAAACAUCAGCUCCCCUAAAUGGAGCCCAGAUGGUGGAGGAAGCCGUAUGGCGCGUGGAACCGGUGGAGGAAUCGCAAGGAGCGAGCAGUGGGAUGGGACCAAGGGGGGGGGAGAGGAAAGAGGUAGAGUUACAGCCCAGGGAGGCUGCACUUGGCCACAGCCCUGACACGGGUCAGCCCAUAACCCAGGCUGGAUAUUCCUCCUCUCCCCCUUAACAGCAACUCCGGAAAACGAAUGUCUGCCGGGUUGCAUCAGUGUAAACGCAGCGUUUCCAAAGCUGAGGUUUCCCACAGCCCAUGACAGCUGAACUGUUGGGCAUGAGAGGCUGAGGGCUCUUGGGCAAUUGGCAAGAGAGGAGGCAGAUGUGAGGCGGCAGCUGCACAAACUGCUGGCUGGGAGCUCUGCUGGGGGAGAAAGCUUCUGCAUGCCGGCUGCAGCAGGUUCAGCGCCGAGGGUCCCGCAUGGAUGCAGGGGAUGGAGGUGCUCAGCUGCUGUGACCCCGUGCACCUCGCCACGGGUGCCCCAGGCCGUCCCCAUGGACCUGCGCAUCGGGCAGCGUGUUGUCAAGCCCGGCUCCGACACGGCCUUGCUGGCUCUGAAGCACACGCAGCAGCUGCAGCACCAGCUCUUCCUCGCCAGCCUGCACCAGCAGCAAGUGGAGCAGCUCGCCCACCAGCACGUCAGGGUGACCAUGGAGACCUCGCACCGUGAGGCAGAGCCCGGGCAGCAGGAGCAGGAGCUGCGGCAGAUCCUCAAUAAGGACAAGAGCAAAAGAAGUGCUGUGGCCAGCACAGUGGUGAAGCAGAAACUGGCUGAGGUCAUCCUGAAGAAGCAGCAGGCAGCAGCUUUGGAAAGAACCAGCAAUCCCAACCCUCCAGCCAUGCCAUACAGGUCUCUGGAGCCUCUGGAUCCUGAAGGUCCUUCCCCUCCUGUACUCAGCACCUUCCUGUCCCCGGUCCCUAGCACUUCUCUUGAUCCCCCAGAGCAUUUUCCACUGCGGAAGACAGCAUCUGAGCCCAACCUGAAGGUGCGUUGCAAGCCCAGGAAGUGCCUGGACCGCCGCAAGAACCCCCUGACACGGAAGGAGAGCGCUCCCCCCUCUCUGAAAAGGAGACCACCUGAGACCAUUGAUUCCUCCCCAAGCAGUAGCAGCACCCCUGUGUCCGGCUGCAGCUCUCCCAAUGACAGCCUCCCUGCUGAGCACGGAGCUCUUCCCACUGCCUCCAGCAUGGCCCACGAGGCACCCCUGGCCCAGCGCCUGAUGAUGCAGGAGAGCUCCCUGGCCCAGUUUGCCUUGCAGAGUGCAGUCUCCCUUCCUGCCAUCACACUGGGAUUGCCAGCCACCACUAGUGCCAGGGGAGAUGCAGAUCGUCGCCCCCUCUCUGGCCUGGCACACCGAGUGCCUGUGCUGAAUGGGCCUGUCCUCACGGGCACACACUCACCCAUGUUCAUCCCUGCUGGCUUGGAACAGCACGAGGCUGGGAGCCCCUUGUCCCCUCGGCUCCAGCCUGUCAUCAUCCUCGAGCCCUCAGUCACCCACGCUCCACUUGUGGCAGUGCCAGGUCUGGGGACAGUCCCCUUCUCCUUCACCCCAUCGCUCAUCUCUGCAGAGCGCCUGUCACUCCCAGGCCACCACAAACCACUGGGCAGGACCCGCUCAGAGCCCCUGCCCCAGAACCCCAAAGCCAUCCAGCAGCAGCUGGUGUACCAGCAGCACCAUGCCCAGUUCCUGGAGAGGCUCAAGCAGCAGACUCACCUGGGCAAGCGCAUGGUGAAAACCAGCGAGAAGCCCCGGCUGCGGCAGAUCCCCUCCUCAGAGGACAUGGAAGCAGAGGGGAUGGAGGCUGGGGCUGAGAGCAGUGAGCAGGCAAGGGCAUGUGUGGAGCCUGCACGGCCAGGGAGCAGCGGGAAGGAGCCUGAGAGGCCUCAGAAGAUGCUGCAGCCUCAGGAGGAGCUCAUCCUCCAGCAGGCCUAUCUCUGGGACCCCUACCAGCGUGUGCAGCACCAGCUCCUCAAACGGCAGCCCCUGGCUGACUCCCCCAUGGUCCCGACCAUCCUCGCAGGGCACAGACCCCUCUCCAGGGCCCAGUCAUCUCCUGCCACGGCGACUGUUUCCCUCCCUGCUCAGGAUACGACCUCCAAGGCGCUCUCCCUGCCAGUGCAGGAGCAGACCAGCAAGCCCCAUUUCACAACAGGACUGGUUUAUGACUCGGUGAUGCUCAAACACCAGUGCUCCUGUGGUGACAACAGCAACCACCCAGAGCACGCGGGUAGGAUUCAGAGCAUCUGGUCCCGACUGCAGGAGAGGGGUCUGCGCAGCCAGUGCGAGUGUCUGCGGGGACGCAAGGCCACCCUGGAGGAGCUGCAGUGUGUCCACACCGAACGCCACGUCUUCCUCUAUGGCACCAAUCCCCUCAACCGCCUGAAACUGGACAAUGGGAAGCUGGCAGGGAUCCUGUCACAGCGGAUGUUCGUCAUGCUGCCCUGUGGAGGGGUGGGGGUGGACAGUGAUACCAUCUGGAAUGAGCUGCAUUCCUCCAAUGCAGCUCGCUGGGCCGCAGGCAGCGUCACCGAGUUGGCCUUCAAAGUGGCCAGCAGGGAGCUGAAGAAUGGUUUUGCUGUGGUGCGGCCGCCCGGACAUCACGCAGAUCCAUCCACUGCCAUGGGGUUCUGCUUCUUCAACUCGGUGGCCAUUGCCGCCAGGCAGCUGCAGCAGAAAGGGAAACUCAACAAGAUCCUCAUAGUGGACUGGGAUGUUCACCACGGCAAUGGGACCCAGCAGAUCUUCUACAGAGACCCCGAUGUUCUCUACAUCUCUUUGCAUCGUCACGACGAUGGAAACUUCUUCCCUGGCAGCGGGGCUGCUGAUGAGGUUGGUGCUGGCCCUGGUGAGGGAUUUAAUGUCAACAUAGCCUGGACUGGAGGCCUUGACCCCCCCAUGGGUGACCCUGAGUAUCUGGCGGCUUUCAGGACAGUGGUGAUGCCAAUCGCACAUGAAUUCUCCCCUGACGUGGUGCUGGUAUCAGCUGGCUUCGAUGCAGCUGAUGGCCACCCACCACCCCUGGGCGGCUACAAAGUCUCUGCUAAAUGUUUUGGCUACAUGACCAAGCAGCUGAUGAGCCUGGCUGGGGGGGCCAUCGUCCUGGCACUGGAAGGAGGCCACGACCUCACAGCCAUCUGCGAUGCAUCCGAAGCCUGCGUGUCAGCCUUGCUGGGCAAUGAGCUGGACCCUCUCCCAGAAGAAAGCAUGCGGCAGAAGCCCAAUGCCAACGCCGUGCGCUCCUUGGAAGCGGUGAUCCAGGUCCAGAGUAAAUACUGGGUGGCUGUGCAGCGCUUCGCCUCCAAGCUGGGCUGCUCCUUCCUGGAGGCUCAGCACCACGAGGCAGAAGAGGUGGAGACGGUCACAGCCUUGGCCUCCCUCUCGGUGGCUGUGAUGGUGGAGAAGAGGCCACAAGAUGAGCCUAUGGAGGAGGAGGAGCCCAUGAACCAGUGAUGAGCGGUGAUGUUCUCUGCUCCCCUGCUUCCAGGACGUGGUUGGACUCUUCCCGAGCCCAGUGCUCGCUCUUCACUCCUGGCUUCCCAUUUGCCACUCACUCCCUGAGUCACAGUCCUGAAGGGGGCUGGACCUUUGGCUGCCACGCAUCCAAGAAAGGAUGCUCCUGCAGCCACCCUGGAGAUGGCCUCCUGCUCGGGACAGAUGGAAAACAUCAACCUCCCUCUGCACAGCACGGUGCUGCCAUCCUACACUGUGCCUGCAAUCAAUCCCCAACCUUCAGAACCCGAAAUCUUUCUUGGGGAUGUGCAAGAGGCCGCCGGCCCUCUGGUGCAGACCUGCCCUUCUCCUGGGAUCUUCCUCAUGUCUGGGGAAUGGGUGGGUGUUGGGAUGGAUGUUGUGGCCACACCAUCAGAACUGCACCCAGAGCUCCUCUGCAGUCAGCUGUGCCUUGGAGCAGCAGCCCUCUGUCUUGCUUGAGAGGGACAGGCUCUCAAAGGCCUCCCCAGUGCUCCUCUUCCUCUCCGGUAGGGCACGAGGUGGGAGCAAGAGUGCCAGUGCUAUGGGCUGUGACCUCAUUCUGCACAGGAAGGGUUUGGAAAGCAUUGGAUGAUGCACCCAUUGCUUUGCAGCUGGGGAAGAGCAAAGGCUGGAGUGCCUGCAGUGCCCAGGAUUGCACCCGUGGGACAUCUUAACCACUAACCAGAGAGCAAACCCUCUGGUGCUGGGGCUCUGAUUUGCACUAUAUACAUAUGAGAUGUGCUAAUGUGAA